AUGCAGUCGGUGAUUGAAUCGGCUCGUAAUUCUGUCAUGUUUCCGACCGGCAACACCCAGCCCCUGCAAGUCAGUCACCUAAGUCGUCCCGAAUUCUCAAAAAUACCGGAAACUGUCCAGUCUGUCCCAUCAUACAACGGGUCUGCCCACUCCUCCGAGAAGAUUAUCUCACAUGACCCCCAUGCGAGCUAUGGGUAUCCACCCCAUCCGGCUAUUCCUGAUUCUUUUCAGUCUAACGCUCGGCCGACUCCUGACUCCGUAUCGAGCACCAGCAUGCAAUUCAAUAGGAUAAGUCAACCAUCAGUGGCUCCCACGGGCAGUCAACCACCUUAUGCUGACCGCUCCAAGUUCGACUACGAGCCUCGUCAGUGGUCUCAUAGUAGCUCUGAACGCAUUCCUUCAGAGCCCUUUAAACAAGCUCCCUUUCCUAAUACCAACAACGAAGUUGCUUCAGAAUAUCAGUCUCGUCCUUCCAACCCAGAAGGUUCGGCACUAUCAGUUAACCGAUUGUCCUCGACGCCAUCCACGUUUCCUGAACAAAGAGUGGAUUAUGGCUAUGCCCCGUAUGACAGUGCUUACGCAGAUAGAAAACCACAGGAGAAUCUUGCUUGUCAUGAAUUCACGAGCCCUGUUAACCGCUUACCGCCGCAAAAUGAUCACUCGGCUGACCAAAUGGCCUACCAGAAUCCACCUUAUAACACCGAUGUUCCCCCUAGGGGCUACGAUAAUCGUGUUCAAGAUAGAAUACCGCCACCGGAUCGCCAGUCAAGAGAACCUCCAGUCCCACGAAAAUCUGAAGAACGCGACUUUUCCGUCCGUCCACCCUGGCUGGGAGAGGAGCCCGCGUUUCCAAAGAGGCCGCCACAAUUCGAUGAGUCCGAAAAAGUGGGUCAGACGCCUCCAUUUAAACGAAUGCGCCCAGGACCGAUAUCCCAGGAGCUGGGUUCUGAUACGAAUUUUGUUUCGAAGGUCUUGCUGCACCCACCAGAUGUUUCGGUAAAAGCCAUCUUUGACAUCUUACAGGGCGUCAGCAUCAUACCUCGGUGGGGAAUUCGCCUAGAGGAAGAUGUGUUGAAGCGGUUUACCGGAUAUGUAUACGUAAUGAUGAAUGGCCACGAAUCGAUGGAACGAGCAUUGAGUUUCAAUGGAACGAGCUACAAGGGCAAGCCUGUAAAGGUCGCAGCAUCCUCUCCCGAAGAAUUUUAUCGUGUCACUGAUACGAACUUUGAGAUGAAAUGUCCACCAGACGUACAUAAAAAAAUUCCACCUCGGUCUACUGUAAAGCCACCUUACUUUGCUGAUGGCUGUUUGGAAAUUUGUGACUUACCACCUGAUGCCACUCCACCAGAAGUUGUCGCUUUUCUUGGCGCUCCUGGUCUUAAGGUUAGUGACGUAGCAAUUAUUUCCCAAAAUUAUGGCGAGUCAAAGAGUCUUCACGCUAUCAUCCGCCUCCCAUCUCCUAAGGACCUUGACAUCCUCCUGAGUGCGAGGCCAAGGCCAUUUAGAGGUAAUCAAGGAAGUCCAGUGCGUUUACUAGCCAUAUCGCGACUCCAGUACGAUUUCUUUACCUCAAGGUCAGCCCCAAAAGCGCCAGAUAGUAGACCCAGUGUUCCUCGACCCGAACCAAAACAACAACCAGUAGUUCCUAGCCAACCACCAACAUCAACUCCAAAGACUUGCGCAAUGGUGUCCGGCUUUUCCAGAGCAAUGAAGCCAUUUGAAAUUUCUCGCCUCUUUCCCAGUGUCAUAAUUCCUGGUGAUGCCAUUCGCACGGUAUCUGGCGGUAGAACUGCCCUAAUAGACUUCAUCAGCGAGAGCAACUGUAAGAAGGCGAUGUCUGACUAUUCAGCUUCAGAAGCGAAGCUUAGGGAGUCGAACUCUGAAAUAUCUAUGCAAGCUAUUACAAGGUCAGAAUACGAAAGCAAGUUGCACGAAGUUUCCGGCUCCGAUUCGCCCGUUCAAAGUGAUACCUAUCCCCGUCCUCAUCAACCAAGCAGUGCGGAGCGAGAAACUCGCGAAUUUCGGCCCCCUGUACGGGACAACCGAUUUCUACCGCACCAACCAUAUCCAAGUGAUUCUCCAAGAUUUCGGCCUCCAUCUCAAAUGAGGCCUCCAUUCUUUGAUGACAAAAAUGGUCCUCCCAAUCGUCCAGAGUCUUUCCAGCGUCGACCGGAACCAUUUGGAGGUUCUCGGCCACCGCGCCCUCCACACCCAAGUGGCUUGCCACCCGUACGACCGGAUUUCCCUAGAGGCGUGCCGUUAUACAUUAGCAACCUUUCUCCAGCAGCAUCUCCUGAGAUGCUUUUAGAUAUUUUCCGUCAAUAUUAUCCUCUCCCUGGUUCUGUUAGGCUUCGUCGUGAUGCAAGAGGCCAUCCCAUGGGUGAAGCUAUGGUAGUUCUUCCGUCGAAUUCAGAAGCUGAACGAGCAGUUCGUGAACUCAGCGGGUACAGGCUUUGUGGCAGGAACAUGCUUCUUCGUCACGAACGCGGCGAAUAG